UAAAAAAAAAAACCUUUCGCUCCCUCAUUGGCGGACUCACCGUGUCGGAAAAAAACCCGCUUCAGAUAUAAUACACGAGAAGCACAACUUGGUCCUCCUGUCUCCAUCGAGCUGCGCGAGGAGGUCCACCGACGCCCGUUGAAGAGACUUUACACGUCCGCGAACACGAGAGAGAGAGAGAACGAGGGAGAGAGGGGGGAGAGAACAAAAGAAAGAAGACUCACCCCAACCCCCCUCCCACUAAGAAAAACGGCACCCGAACAAAGUUUGAAGAAAUUCCAACGGAGCAGAAGAAACCCUCGGAGAUGUUCAAGUUGUGAGUGGAACCCAGCGGGAGGCGUCCGGAGAAGCGCGAGGCAAUUUCCCUCUCUGUCUGUCUGUCUGUCUGUCUGUCCUUCUGUCCCUCUCCGUGUCUAACAAGAAGACAAAGCAGCUGAAGAGCGUUUCGCAGCCAUGGACUCGGGGAAGAAAGUGACGUUCACGUUGAUGCUGAGCGUGGGAGCUGCUGUGAUUGGCUCCCUGCAGUUCGGCUACAACACCGGAGUCAUUAAUGCCCCUCAAAAGGUGAUUGAGAAGUAUAUCAAUGAGACGUGGUUCCAGCGAUACCAGGAGCAAAUCAGCGAAAGCUCGCUCACGGCCAUCUGGUCCGUCUCGGUCGCCAUCUUUUCUGUUGGAGGCAUCUUUGGAUCCUUCUCCGUCGGACUCUUCGUCAACCGCUUCGGAAGGAGGAACUCUAUGCUCAUGGCCAACAUCCUGGCCUUCAUCGCGGCCACUCUGAUGGGCUUUUCCAAGAUGGCGGGCUCCUGGGAGAUGCUGAUCACGGGUCGUUUCGUGGUGGGCCUCUACUCGGGCCUCUCCACGGGCUUCGUGCCCAUGUACGUGGGCGAGGUUUCCCCGACCGCCCUGCGCGGAGCCCUGGGCACCUUCCACCAGCUGGGCAUUGUCGUCGGCAUCCUCGUCGCACAGGUGUUCGGCUUGGAGGCCAUCAUGGGCAACGACGACCUGUGGCCGCUCCUCUUGGGCUUCACCUUCAUCCCGGCGGUGGCGCAGUGCAUCCUGCUGCCCCUCUGCCCCAAGAGCCCCCGCUUCCUGCUGAUCAACAAGAACGAAGAGAACAAGGCCAAGGCUGUGCUGAAGAAGCUCAGAGGCACCAGCGACGUGAGCUCCGACAUGCAGGAGAUGAAGGAGGAGAGCCGGCAGAUGAUGAGGGAGAAGAAGGUGACCAUCUUUGAGCUUUUCCGCUCGCCGCUCUACCGCCAGCCCCUCCUGAUCGCCGUCGUCCUGCAGCUCUCCCAGCAGCUGUCCGGCAUCAACGCUGUAUUCUACUACUCCACCCGUAUCUUCGAGAAUGCCGGAGUGCAGCAGCCCGUCUACGCCACCAUCGGAGCCGGUGUAGUCAACACAGCUUUCACCGUGGUGUCGCUGUUUGUGGUGGAGCGUGCAGGACGCAGGUCUCUGCACAUGCUGGGGCUGCUGGGAAUGGCCGGCUCCGCCGUCUUAAUGACCAUCGCCGUGGCUCUGUUGGAGAAGGUCAAAUGGAUGUCAUAUUUGAGCAUCGUGGCCAUCUUUGGCUUCGUGGCGUUCUUUGAGAUCGGGCCGGGUCCCAUCCCCUGGUUCAUCGUGGCAGAGCUCUUCUCGCAGGGCCCCAGGCCCGCGGCCUUCGCUGUGGCCGGCUUCUCCAACUGGACAGCUAACUUCAUCGUGGGAAUGAGCUUCCAGUAUAUAGAGAAAGAAUGUGGCGCCUACGUCUUCAUCAUCUUCACCGUCCUGCUGCUCGGCUUCUUUGUCUUCACCUUCUUCAAAGUCCCGGAGACCAAGGGUCGGACGUUUGACGAGAUCGCCGCCGCCUUCCGCCAGACGGCCGGCGGCGGCGGCGGCGGGGCGGCGAAGCACUCGCCGGAGGAGCUCAACAGCCUGGGCGCCGACUCUCAGCUCUGAGCGACUCAAAUUCUAACGCCUAACAAACUGUCCUUCUCGGGCUGAGGAGCCCCCCGCCCCCCCGAGAAGAAUCUACUAACUAGAAGUAGACACAUCCAUUGGUAGAAUAAUUUUCACGCUGUCACCACAUUUCGGGCAUUU